AUGUUAUCCAUUAUAAAAAGAACCAAGAUUGCUUCUCCACAAACACAUUACACAUCAACAAUCCUCUCUCUCUCAGACACUCACUCUAUCUCUCAAUCAUCAAUACAAAAAGUUAUGGAGCAGAGCAAGAACGAUAUAGAGUCAUACGAUGAUCAACAAAAAUGGGUUCUUGAUUCUUCUCUCGAUAGUAGAGGAGAGAUUCCUGUUCGGGCUAGAACCGGAGCUUGGAAAGCUGCACUCUUCAUCAUUGCAAUCGAGUUCAGUGAGAGGCUAAGUUACUUUGGGAUCUCGACGAGCUUAGUGGUCUACUUAACGACCAUUCUUCACCAAGAUCUUAAGAUGGCAGUAAGAAAUGCAAACUACUGGUCUGGUGUCACCACUUUAAUGCCUCUUCUAGGAGGCUUCGUCGCCGAUGCUUAUAUCGGCCGUUAUGCCACUGUCCUACUUGCAACCAUCAUCUACCUUAUGGGUUUGAUUCUGUUAACAUUGUCUUGGUUUAUACCGGGAUUGAAACCUUGUCAUGAAGAAGUGUGCGUUGAGCCAAGGAGAGCCCACGAAAUAGCCUUCUUCAUCGCAAUAUACUUAAUCUCCAUAGGCACUGGAGGUCACAAGCCAUCCCUUGAGAGCUUUGGAGCUGACCAAUUCGAAGACGACCAUCCUGAAGAGCGGAAAAUGAAAAUGUCUUACUUUAACUGGUGGAGCGCCGGUCUAUGCGCUGGUGUUUUAACCGCGGUGACUAUAGUCGUCUAUAUAGAGGACCAUAUUGGUUGGGGUGUGGCUGGUAUCAUACUCACCGUAGUCAUGGCUACAUCGCUUUUGGUCUUCCUUAUUGGUAAACCGUUCUAUCGUUAUCGUCCACCUUCUGGUAGCCCCUUGACACCGAUGUUGCAAGUCUUUGUUGCUGCCAUUGCCAAAAGACAUCUUCCUCGUCCUAAUGAUUCUUCUCUUCUUCAUGAGUUGUCUAGAGAAGAGUAUACUAAAGGACGGCUUCUUUCCCGCACAGAAAACCUUAAAUUUUUAGACAAAGCAGCCAUUAUCAAAAAUCGAGGAAUCGAGAAUGCUAUGGUCGAGAAGGAGGGUCCAUGGAAACUAGCAACGGUAACAAAAGUAGAAGAACUAAAGCUACUCAUCAACAUGAUUCCAAUAUGGUUCUUUACAUUAGCCUUUGGCAUAUGUGCCACUCAAAGCACAACAUUCUUCAUCAAGCAAGCCAUUAUCAUGGACCGACACAUCGGUCACAACUUCAUAGUUCCUCCAUCUUCCAUGUUUGCCCUCGUAGCUCUCUCCAUGAUCAUCUCCGUAACAGUCUAUGAAAAAACUCUCGUACCACUUUCGAGACGCAUCACAGGAAAAGAAAGGGGUAUUAGCAUUCUACAACGAAUCGGAACCGGUAUGGUUUUCUCCUUACUCGCCAUGAUAAUUGCUGCUUUGGUAGAGAGAAAAAGAUUGGAUUAUACUAAGCAACAUUACGUGCCCAUGAAUGCUAUAUGGUUAGCUCCUCAAUUCAUAGUUAUAGGUAUAGCGGACGCUUUUACCCUUGUGGGUCUUCAAGAAUAUUUCUAUGACCAAGUUCCUGAUUCUAUGAGAAGUUUAGGCAUAGGACUUUACCUUAGUGUGGUUGGUGCGGCUAGCUUUGUUAACAAUCUUUUGAUGGCGGUGACUGAUCGUUUGGCUGAAAAAAUCUCCGGAAAGAGCUUGUUCGGGAAAGAUCUUAAUAGCAGCCGCUUGGACCGGUUUUACUGGACGAUAGCCACUUUGACCGCUGCAAAUAUAUGCUUCUUUGUAUUUGUGGCCAGAAGGUAUACUUACAAGAGUGUGCAAUCAAGUGUGGUUGUUGCUGACGGUGGCGAUGAUGUUGAGACACCUUCGACGCCUAAUACGUCGAAGUAUACGUAACAUCGCUAUAUGGUUGGUCAUACGAUCAUCAUUUUAUGUUUUUUUUCGUUGUACUUUUGUUGGUUUUAUAUGGAUUUAUCGACUCAUCAAA